AUGUCUCCUGAAAGUGUGAUUGAUGGUACAGAUGUAACUGGUAAUGAAGGCGAACUUACUAGUCAUUUUAUGUCUGAUUGGGGGGCAGAACCUAUAUAUACAAAUUAUGAAGUCAGCGUAACUAAUCCUGAAAAUAAAUCUAUUGGGUUAGGCAAAUAUACAGUAUACUUAGUAUCAGGAAGAACUAUACAAGGAAGUAAUUUCUCUACAAGAAAACGUUAUAGUGACUUUGAAUGGUUAAGAUCAUCUCUAGUUUUACAGUUUCCAGGUGUAUUUAUCCCACCUAUACCUCGUAAAAAGAAAGUUGGUAGAUUUGAAAAGGAAUUUAUAGAAUGUAGAAGGCGUGGUUUAGAAGAGUUCUUGCGUAGAGUAUUUAAUAGAGAUUAUCUUGCAAAUUCAGAUCUAGUACGAACUUGGCUUAAUAGGGGUGAAAGUGGAAUGGAAUCUUUAAAACGAGAAGAAGCAAAUCGUCCAUUAUUUGAUAUUGUAACUCAAUACUUUAAUAGUUUUGAUAGUGUUUUAAUAGAUAUACAAUCAAGUUCUUCAAACAGAAGAUCAAAUAAUAGAUUUUCAGUACCUAACAUUGAUGUCAGCGUAAUUAGUCAAUUUUCGCAAUGUUUGGAAUCACAUUUUUCAAUAUUAGAGCAAUUAUGUGGAUAUCUCUCAACAAUAUCCUCUACUGGUAAUAAAGGAUUUAAUGCUUUACGUGAAUUAUCACCAUUAUUAAGUAGUUUAGUAUCAAAUGAACAACAAUACAUUUCGACUAAUUCCUCCUUAUAUGUGAAUUUAUCUUCACGUCUUGAUUUAUCUCCUGUAUUUCAACAUUUAAUAUCUAUUUUAUCAGUAUCACCACAAAAAAAUUAUGACAUUUUACAAUCAAGUUUAACAAGAGAGUUAAAUGAUACAGAAUGUAUGUUAGAAGCUGUUCAAACUUUAGAAAAACUUCAGGGAUUAUUGUUAAUAAAUCCAUCACAAAAAGUAGAUGAUAAUAAUGAAGAUAAUUCAAAUGUAUCUGAAUCCUUAGCAUCAAUUAGAAGUACAAAUACUACACUAUCAGCAUCAAGUACACUUGGAAGUGUAGUUAGUUCUGCAGCAAAAGGAAUUGUAAAUGGUUUUUCAUUAUUUUCUUCUAAAUCACGUGAAAGUUCAUUUUCUUCUGAUGGAAACUUAUCCAAAUUAGAUCGAUAUAAGGAGGAUCAAUCAGCAUUGAGAACUUUAUUGGCUGCUGGUAGAGUUGUAUUAGUUAUUCAUGAAAUGCCACACUUUUUUUCUGGGAAAAUACAAGUAUUUAACAAUAUUAUCAUUGAAUUUGUCAAAAAACAGAUGAAUAUAGCUUAUAGUGAGUCUGAAUUUUGGAAUAAAAUAUAUAGCAAAUUACAAACAUUACCUCAAUAUAAUUCCAUAAAUACCCAUGAUAACAAUAUAAAUUCUUAUAACAAUAACAAUAAUAAUAACAAUAACAACAAUUAUGAUUAUUCUACUCAAAAUAAUCAAUGGGCUAAUGAAAGUUAUAAUUACUAA